AUGAAAAGUGCCUUCAAAGGCUUAUUUGCUAUUAACCCAAGAAAAAGUUUCGGGGCCUGCGUAGAAUCAUGUGUUUCUCUACUAAAGAAUGUUACCAACCAAGGCUUGAUCUCCGAAGGAACUGUCAUUCAUGGGCAUUUGAUCAAGAUGGGUAUCUCCUCAGAAAGUUACAUAGCCGUAAAACUUCUCACAAUGUAUCUUAAUUGCGCAAGUUCUGGUGAGGUUCAGGAGAUUGUGAAGGAGUUUAAUGGGUUUAAUAUUGUGGUGGAUAAUUGCUUGAUUAGUGCUAACUUUAAGUGGGGAAAUCUCGACGGAGCUCGCCGGUUAUUUGAACAAAUGCCUGAGAGAAACGAAGUCUCGUGGACAGCACUGAUAUCGGGUCUUAUGAAAUAUGGAAGGGUGGAAGAAUCGAUGUGGUACUUUGAGAGGAACCCAUAUCAGAAUGUGGUUUCUUGGACUGCAGCUAUUAGUGGGUUUGUGCAAAAUGGGUUUAACAUUGAAGCUCUGAAGCUUUUCAUGAAGCUGCUUGAAUCUGGGGUCAAGCCCAAUGAUGUUACAUUUACCUCUGUUAUUAGAGCUUGUACAGGAUCAGGUGAAUUUGGUUUGGGAAAGAGUGUUGUUGGGUUGGUUAUCAAAGAUGGCUUUGAACACAAUUUAUCUGUUUCUAAUUCCUUAAUUACAUUAAGCUUGAGGAUGGGUGAAAUUGCUUUGGCUAGGAGAGUAUUUGAUGGGAUGGCAAAACGAGAUGUUGUUUCUUGGACUGCAAUCCUAGACAUGUAUGUUGAGAUGGGGGACUUGGGAGAAGCACAUCGAGUCUUUAAUGAGAUGCCGGUAAGAAAUGAGGUUUCUUGGAGUGCAAUGAUUGCAAGGUACAGUCAGAGUGGUUAUCCUGAAGAAGCAUUGAAACUCUUCUGUCAGAUGGUUCAACAUGGGUUUAACGCAAAUAUCUCUUGUUUCUCCAGUGUUCUUAGUGCAUUGGCCAGCCUAAAGGCUUUUCGAGCAGGGAUGAACAUCCAUUCACAUGCUCUCAAAAUUGGGAUUGUGGAAGAUGUCUUCAUCAGUAGUUCUCUAAUUGACUUCUACUGCAAAUGUGGCAAUAGUAAAGAUGGGCGUUUGGUGUUUGACUCAAAUUUGAAGAGGAACGUGGUUUCAUGGAACUCUAUGAUUGGUGGGUAUAGUCUGAAUAGGCAGAUGGAAGAAGCUAAGGUGUUGUUUGACAACAUGCCUGUCCGAAAUAUUGUCUCAUGGAACACUAUGAUUUUGGGUUACACAGAAAAUAAACAAUUUGAUAAGGUAUUUGAAGCAUUCCACGAGAUGCUUUUGUGUGGGGAAAUCCCAAAUAAGUCCACCUUCCCAACUGUGCUUUGUGCAUGUGCGAGCAUAGCCUCAUUAGAGAAAGGCAAGAUCCUCCAUGGGAGAACCAUUAAACUUGGAAUUCAACAUGACAUUUUUGUGGGUACUGCCCUGACUGAUAUGUAUGCCAAAUCUGGGGAUAUUCAAAGCUCCAAGCAGGUGUUUGAUAGAAUGCCCGAGAAAAAUGAAAUCUCUUGGGCUGUGAUGAUUCAAGGGCUUGCAGAAAAUGGUUUUGCCGAGGAAUCUCUUAUUCUGUUUGAAGAAAAGGGAAGAACCUCACCUGUUGCUCCCAACGAGCUCAUGCUUCCUUCAAUUCUUUUUGCUUGUUCUCACUCUGGUUUGGCCGAUGAAGGACUUUAG